CUUUAUUUCUCGGCCCUCUCUCCAACUGAAACCUUGUUACGCUUUCUGUGAUCAAGCUUAUUGAGCAUUUGUUUGUUCUGUUAGCGAUAAUGGCGAGCAAUAUCCUCCCAGGCCAUGGAAGCAAUGGCUCUGGUCACAGAGAUGAAUCAACCCCGCUUCUGCCGCAAAUCUCAAGUCACAUUGCCCAUGAGGGCGAGAGCGGAAGAAGCGGUUUCCAUCCACGACAUUUCCUCUCUGUUCUCUGGCGAAGCUCUUGCACCGCGUCGAAAUGGGUCAACAUCCUUUGGCCUUUUGUGCCUAUCGCCAUCAUCCUUCAGUUCUUCUCAGGCCUGCAUCUCUGGAAGUUUGCUACCGCGUAUAUCGCCGUCAUCCCAACUGCCAAUCUGCUUGGAUUUGCUGGACAAGAGUUCGCGCGAAAACUUCCCAAGGUAGCUGGUAUUCUCAUUGAGACGACAUUUGGAUCCAUCAUUGAGAUUAUCCUCUUCAUCGUCUUGCUUUCGAAGCACGAAGUCAACUCGCAUGAGGACAACGGAGAUGAAGGCAAUCUCAUCCCCAUCAUCCAAGCAGCAAUUCUCGGCAGCAUCCUGACUAAUCUACUUCUCUGUCUUGGCCUGUGUUUCUUCGUCGGUGGCCUCAAGCAGGCCAGUCAAAAGUUCCACGCCAUUAUCUCAGAGGUUGGCACAGGACUCCUUCUCGUCGCAGCAUUUGGUCUCCUCAUUCCCAGUGCAUUCUACUCCGCCCUCAAAGCCGAGGUUGUACCCGACUUCCCAGGCUUCAGGGUUCUGCACGAGAAGUUCACAGAGGGUAAACUCCAAGACGAUGUUCUUCGCAUCAGCCAAGCAACAUCUAUUGCGCUGAUUAUCGCCUUCUUCUUCUACAUCUGGUACCAAGCCAGUAGCCAGCACAGUAUUUUCGACGAAGUUAUUGAGAUGGAUGAGCAUCGAGAUGCUGAUCGUGAGGCCGAUAUGGAGAAGCCAAAGUUUACCAUGACAGAGACCAUCGUUGCUCUGUUGAUUGCUCUCGCUUUUGUGACUGCUCUUCUCAUCUUCCUCGUUGAGAAGAUUGAGCAUGUUGUUGAUAGUGGAGUACCGGAUCAGUUCUUGGGUCUUAUCCUUUUGCCUUUUGUUGAGAAGGCCGCUGAGCAUCUGACAGCUAUUGAUGAAGCAUGGGAUGGAGUAAUCAACGUUGCUCUAUACCACUGUCUCGGACCAUCUAUUCAAACUGCCCUUUUUAACGGUCCACUUGUUGUUCUCGUCGGCUGGGCCAUCGGAAAGCCAAUGGACCUAAACUUUGAGAUCUUCAUGAUCGUUCUUCUUGUCUUGUCCAUCUUGGUUGUUGGAAACUUCCUUCGUGAUGGCGAGUCCAACUGGCUCGAAGGAGCACUUCUUGUUGUCAUUUAUGCCAUUAUUGCUAUCGCGUGCUGGUACUAUCCAAACCCUGACGUAGCUACUUCCAAUGGCCUUGAAGGUUCCGAGAUGGUCAAUGUCACCAUGAGCGUGGACACUCUGCGUCAACUGCAGCAACUUAUCAAUGCACAGCUGCCACAGAAUUAGGCCGUUUGCUUGGCUUAUGGUGAUGUAGGUUUCAGGCUGCCUAAGAACUUACGAGAGGGGGAAGAUGGGAAGGUUGCUACUGAAAGGGGAGGUUGUCUUGGCCUGUUCAGUAUGCUUCCGGGCGUGAUUUUACGUUUGAGAUGGACAGUUUCGAGUUAUUGCGUGUUGCGGAGAUAUUGAGAUUACUGAGGGACCCUUUUGUUUUCAGUUAUUUACAGUAUCUUGAUCCAUCGCUUAGCUAUCCGAACUAUUGCUUCUCAAUUAUCAAGACCUGACUAUCAUA